AUGCGCCGUGGAAGACUCUCCCGCCUGAGCCUCACAGGUUGGGCAGCCGAAAGCCCUACGAUGCACCCUGCAGAGCUAUGCGAUGCCGCCAGAUGCGCGGAGCCUGGCAAGGGGGACAGAGAGACAAUAUGCCACGACCGCCAACGAUUGCUCAGUAUUUUACAGUCGAUGAGAUCACCUUUGGAAUCCAUUUCUUUCCUGGUUUCGGAUUCUGAUGUUUUACGACGCGGGAAACAGGAUAUCCGAGAAUGGAGAACCAAUGGCGCAGUGAAGCCCACCCGUCAGAUGGACAAGGACGCCGCUGUAACCCUUGGAAGAGCGACGUGCGCGUGUGACUUGCAGAGGCAGCAGGCUAGACCGAGGGACGACUCGGACGAGGAUGCGCAGGAGAUGCGAGCCAUACCUGAUCAGUGA